AUGUCAUCAAUUACAACCAGCGCUGCUACCAAUCUAUCUAAAAAACCAAUUAGAAAUGCUGGAUGUUUAAUAAUUGGUGAUGAAAUUUUAAAUGGUAAAAUCUUAGAUACAAAUUCUUAUCACUUUGCCAGACAAUGUUUUAAUAAUUUAUCAAUCCCACUUAAAAGAACAAUUGUAUGUGGAGAUGAUCCUAAAGAUAUUACUAAAUCUUUAGAUAUAUUAUUAAAACAAGAUCAAAUUGAUUUUAUAAUCACAUCUGGUGGAUUAGGAAGUACUCAUGAUGAUAUUACUUAUGAAGUAUUAAGUGAAUAUUUUGGAUUAGAUUAUUGCUUAGAUCAAGAAGUUGUAAACAGAAUGCAUAAAGUAAGAGGAAAAUAUUUAGAUGGAUUAAAAACAGAUCAAUUACAAGCAUUUUAUAAAAUGGCAACAUUACCCCUGGCCAAGAAAGAUAAUCCAAUUAGUGUGGAGAAAUAUUUCAUUGGAGAUAAUUUAUGGUUCCCAUUGGUUGCUUUAAAUGAACAAGUUUAUAUUUUACCUGGUGUACCUGAAUUAUUUAAGAAAUUAAUUAAAGAGAUGCAACCAUUAUUGAAAGAUAGAAUACGGAAACAAGAUUUAAAUAGAAGAUAUGUUAAAACAACAACAAAAGAAAGUGAAUUAGCUCCAUUUUUAACCAAACUUCAAAACAAAUGUGAUUCAAUUCAUGGAAUUGGAAAAGUUAAAUUAGGAAGUUAUCCUCAUUUCAAUUGGCAAGUUAAUACAAUUAGUAUAAUUAGUAAUUCAUUAUCUAUUGAGGAUUUACAAGAAAUCGUUGAUGAAUUGGUUGCAAAUCUUGGAGGACAAGCACAAGAAAUUAAUCAAGAACAAGAAGAUAAAUUCACCAAUGAAGAACCACCACACAAGAAGCAUUAA